CGUACAAAGGUUUACCGCGCCAUCAUGCAGAUCUUCGUCAAGACUCUCACUGGAAAGACCAUCACCCUGGAGGUCGAGUCCUCGGACACCAUCGACAUGGUCAAGUCUAAGAUCCAGGACAAGGAGGGAAUUCCCCCUGACCAGCAGCGUUUGAUCUUUGCUGGCAAGCAGCUAGAGGACGGCCGCACCCUGGCAGACUACAACAUCCAGAAGGAGUCGACCCUCCAUCUUGUCUUGCGUCUUCGUGGAGGCCAUUGCCAGGUCCCCUGUGGAAUCUUCGAUGACCCCAAGCUUGUUGCCGAGGUGAAGGAGGCGUGCGCUACCAUCCGCAAGGCCAUGGUCCAGAUCAACGAGCUCUACGGCAACAUGAAUCCGCAGAACUUCAACCAGAUGACACGCUGGGUGAACACCAAGGAGGAGCAUUGUGGCAAGAUCAUCAAUCUCAUGUCAGAUUACUGCCUCUGCCAGCGUGUCAAGCCUGUUGGAGCUCCUGGCAGCCCGUUCACGGAGGAGAAGGACUUCAUCGAUGCGCUCAAGGCUCACCACAGCGUCAUGGUCUGUGCAAUGAAGUGCAAGCAGACCAUUGACGUUGCUGAGUGCGACAAGCUCGACCAUGCUGUUGGAGACAUGUCCAAGAUGUACCUCCCAAAGUAAGCUGUCGACUAUGAGACAGUCCGAGGGUGUCCGCGGUUAGCGUUGCGAUUCAAGAUCGUGAAUGGUUCGAUAGGAACUCGGUGAGGGAUGAUGCUGGUAGAGAGGUUGAAAGAAAGUGGUCGUGACCAUAAAUAAAGACAAAAACGAUCACAAGAUCUCAUCGUACAUG